AAUUAUUUGAUCAUCGAACAAAUUCAUCUCAGAACCCUUCAAAAAGUACUCUUGCGCCGUCAUACUUAAUCACAUCAGAUCAAUCCACUGAAAACAUCGCGGUAUACACAUCUACUUACAGUAUCUACGAUCAAACAUGGCUUCUUCACGCAUAUUCAUAAAGGGACUUCCUCCAAAUAUCACCGAGGAUGAAUUCAGAACACAUUUCAGCGCGAAGCAAGAAAUCACAGAUGCGAAAUUGAUCUCUCACCGAAGAAUUGGUUACAUUGGAUACAAAACACCAGAAGAAGCUGCAAAAGCUGUCAAAUAUUUUAACAAGUCAUUUGUACGAUUGUCGAAAAUCGGCGUGGAAAUCGCUCGACCUGUAAGUAAUUUUUUUAAAAUAUUAAAUGCCCAGGAGAUUUAUAUUAACACUAUUAAAGAUAUCGGAUUCAUCUUUACCUAUAUCGAGAAAAGUACAACGUGAACAAGAACGGGAGAAUAAUAAGAUCAGACACCUCAAGCAGGAGGCUGAUGCUAAAGCCUCAGAAAGUCUAAAUACUGGAACGAAGAGAAAGCGAAGUGACAUCGAUACGGCAGAUCCUAAAUUACAGGAGUUCUUGGAGGUCAUGCAACCCGCUUCGAAGUCUAAUUCAAAUAUGUGGAAAGCCGGAGCCAUGGAUGAUGAUAUUGAGGAACCGCCAACGAAGUUACAAGCCAUUGAAGUACCAGAAGGAGAAAGCGACAACGAAUAUCAAUCGGUACCUAGUAAACUUAAGAAAGCUCCCACAAAGCCCCUUGACCCGCAAGAACCUGCAGCGGCUCCUGCACCAAUCGCCACAGCUAUUACUUCCGAUAAUGCCAAUCCAACGGACGAGGUGAUGAUCGAUACAUCCUCCAAUAACGUUCAGGCCACAGAUGAUGAUUGGCUAAGAAGUCAUACCAGUCGGUUAUUAGAUAUAGUGGAUCCGGAAGACAUAAUUUCCAAAACACAAAACUUGGACGUUAAGAAUGUCGAAGAGGUGAAUGCAGAAGAAGCAGAACCCAAUCCACCCGUUGAAGAUAUGGUUGUCGAUGCUGAAUCAGAAGCUAUCGAAGAACAGCCAGAAAACCCACCUUCAGAGCUGGAUGCGACAAUUGAAACGAUCAGAGCCAGUGGACGAUUAUUCGUGCGAAACUUACCAUAUAGCGCAACGGAGGAUGAUCUGAGGAAGCACUUUGAACAAUAUGGAGCUCUAGAAGAAGUAAGUAAAGAAGCUUGUUUGCAUGUUUUCUUUUCCUCCCAGCUUUAUGAUGAAUAUCCAGAUAGGGACAGCUUAUGCUUUGAAGCAUGUGAUGUGAACUGGUCGAAUAUUUUAGUAGAUGCUUCGUUUUUUCUGAAAGCUAUCAUCAGUCAUCUUUAUGUCUUUUGCGAUUCGCAAUAGUGUAGCUUGCUGACGGAAAUGUCUAGAUACACUUACCGGUAGAUGCCCAAGGUACCAGUAAGGGGUUUGUGUUGGUUCAAUACACGGACCCAAAUGCUGCUGCUGAAGCAUAUCAUAAUGUAGAUGGCGAGCCUUUUCAAGGAAGGUUAUUACACAUAUUACCUGCUGCGGCUAAACGAGACAAUAAGCUAGAUGAGUUCGCGAUAGCAAAGCUUCCAUUGAAGAAACAAAGACUUCUCAAGAAGAAGGCUGAUUCUUCCUCAAACACUUUCAAUUGGAAUUCCUUGUAUAUGAAUCAAGAUGCUGUCAAUUCUUCGGUGGCUGAACGUUUAGGGGUAUCGAAAUCCGAUCUUCUUGACCCAACUUCCGCAGAUGCUGGAGUCAAGCAGGCCAUUGCUGAGACCUCCGUCAUCCAAGAAACCAAAUCAUACUUCGCAAAUAAUGGAGUCGAUCUUGAUGCGUUCAAGAAACGGGAGCGUGGAGAUACCGCUAUAUUGGUCAAAAAUUUCACCUAUGGCAUGACUCUGGAAGAGCUUCGGAAGAUGUUUGAAGAGUAUGGCCAGGUUAUCCGUGUUCUCAUGCCUCCGACUGGUACGAUUGCAAUUGUUGAGUUUGCACAACCAACACACGCAAGAGCAGCAUUUGCCAGCCUUGCAUAUCGACGUAUGAAAGAUACAGUACUUUUCUUGGAGAAGGCACCCAAGGACCUCUUCACUGGUCCUGCGCCCAGUCAACCAGUAGCAACAAUUGACAGGAAUGCGGGUAAAGCAACAGAUCCCAAAUUCUCAGCAUCUGAUCUGCUCGAAAGAGAAAGUGGCGUUGAAAAUGUGGAUACAACUACCUUAUUCGUUCGCAAUCUUAAUUUCAGUACCACAAGUCAACGUCUCACGGAAGUUUUCAAGCCCCUUGAUGGCUUUCUAUCGGCACGCGUUAAUACGAAGACGGAUCCAAAGAAGCCCGGCCAAGUCCUUAGUAUGGGUUUUGGCUUCAUAGAAUUUAGGACCAAAUCUCAAGCACAGGCGGCAAUCAAAGCAAUGGAUGGAUACACACUUGACAACCAUAAAUUGCUAGUCAAGGCUUCUCACAAAGGAGCCGAUGCUGCCGAGGAGAAAAGGAAAGAAGACAGGGCUAAGAAGUUGGCAGGCAAACGCACGAAACUCAUUGUUAAAAAUUUACCGUUCGAAGCUUCCAAAUCCGACAUUCGAAAACUUUUUGGUACGUAUGGACAGCUCCGGUCGGUGCGCAUGCCCAAGAAAUUCGACCAUUCAACACGUGGUUUUGCUUUUGCAGACUUCAUUACGGCUCGUGAAGCGGAGAAUGCACUAGAGGCUCUUAAGGAUACCCAUCUUCUUGGCCGUCGCCUGGUCAUCGACUUUGCGUCCGAAGAAACUGUUGACGCAGAAGAAGAGAUUGAAAAAAUGCAGAAGAAAGUUGGAUCACAAGUCGAUAAAGUUGCCAUACAAAAUCUUACUGGAGGAGGCCGCAAGAAAUUCAAUAUUGAAGGCAACGACGCGGAUCUGGAUUGAGGGAACUCACUAUAGGUAUUUAUCAAUAAUUUGCAUAUUCUAUUAAGAUCAAAUUCCCUGAAUUAUAUUGUUCGCAAAAAUGGCAAGUGUCCAUCUCCCUUACCGAAGCUACACAAAAAUCGACUUAAUAGUACCCCUGC